UUAUUUUACAGGAUUUACGGUUAUGCGGUCACCACACUGCUCAGAUGUCCGGAAACAAAUGUGUUUAGACUUGUUAGCAAUAGCUAAAUGCACGCUAGUUGUCAAAAACGGAUUAAGCACUGAUGAAAUGUAGGAAAAGAACCUAGCUGGCUAUUAAAUAAUUUUUUUAUGAACUAACUCUUGUCUUAGAUUCACACAUUCCAUCCAGUUGUAACUAGCUACAGGAUAUAGCUAGCCACAGCCGGUCGAAGAAAGAGGUAAUUACAGCCAGCUAAUCGGUGUUAAAAAUGGUUAAUUUUGUUACCUUUCAGGCGCAAUUGGCCUCCAUUAUGGAGGUGUUAGCUAAAGCAGCAGUGGUAGAAAUCACCAAACUUGUUGAAGACAGUUCCGCCGAGAUACGCUUGGAAAUUUCACGGAACCAGUACGAGAAUGUAGCACUAAGGAGAAAAUUAAGUAGGAUGCAGAGCGAGCUGGUUCGUGCUCGUGGAUGCCGAGAGACAAAAGGUGCUGAAAAGAGUUCCGUAAAAGGUUACGGAUUGCAUGGUCCGAUUCAGAUAUGUGAUGGAGACUAUACAGAUGACCGUCAUUCUUUGGAAGAAGGUGUCUUCGGAGAUGAAUGGGGAGGCAGACAGUGGAAGGAUGGAGAUGUCAGAGUUGUGGAAGAUGACAUAUUCCUGCAGUCCAUAACUCUGACUGAAGAGUUUCAGUCAAUGGACGUGGAGAAGGACGUACCAUCAUCACUUCCGAUCAAGGAGAAUGGACCUAAACGAGGCUUGGUGAGGGACAUCCCCAAGGAAGGGCUGAGGCCUUCAGAUUUCUGUGCCACUGAAGUGAGAGGUCCUACUGAGCGGCAUCGCCGUGAGGCCUGCCCAGAGUAUCCGGAUACUCAGCCCAUUCCCGCAGAGCGCCCGGAGGAGCUCGCUGGACUGCAGAGGGAUGGACGCGGCAAUGAAGAGGAACUGGACGUUAAGGACGAUAGAGGGAGAGAGCCUUCCGCUGGACCUGAGCACAGCGUUAGGCCGCAGAACGGCCCGGGUGCUGAGCGCGUGUUUGAGAGAGGUAGACUCCCGAGGGCUUCACCCACACAAGGCUACAGUGACCUGGAGGUCGAGGACCAGCAAUGCGCUAAUGUUAGGGGUGAUCUGCAGCGGCUGUUGGGCCAAGCUGAGCCUCAUCCCAAUCAGGCGGCGGAAGGUUCCGGUAACAGCACGCCCUCUUCGGGAUCCCCAGAUCUGAAGCCACACGUUGGGACUUCACAUUUAGCGUGUGUCAAGGAGGAGGUUGAGAUUAAGUCUAUAUGCAUUGAAGAGACGGCAGCAGAGAGGGUUGAGCGACAGGACAGAGAGACGCUGAGCUCCGUGAAGAGCGAGGGCCAGGCCUUUCAGCCCGGGCCACACAGACUCCAGGCAUCAGAAGACGGAAUGAGAGAGAGUCUGAGCACGGCAGAGUCCGGCUCAGACACCGAGGACAGCCCGAUUUUCCAGAUGACCGACAGCAUCGAGCUCUACGGCAGAACUGACACUGCGGAUUCAGCCGACACCCAUUCCGGGUUGAGUUUCACCCACCUAAACAGCGUACAUGAUCAAGUACACCCAGGAAAGAAAGCGUUCAGAUGCACACAGUGUGGAAAGUAUUACAGCCAUCGUAAUAAUCUGUACCGCCACCGGCGAAUUCACACAGGGGAGAAGCCCUUUACUUGCGUGCACUGCGGGAAGAGUUUCACGCACCAAAGUAAUCUGUACGAGCACGAGCGGAUUCACACGGGAGAACGACCCUUUAGCUGUGUCGUAUGUGGGAAGAGUUUCACUCAGCAAAGUAAUCUUAAAAGACACCAGCGCAUACACACUGGGGAAAGGCCUUAUAGCUGCAUGCACUGCGGAAAGACAUUUACCCGCCUGAUGCACCUCAAAAUGCACCAGCAAGUUCAUUUUGGAGGGAAACCGCACAGUUCUUUUGAGUACUGUUGAUUGUCUCGGGCACUCCUUUGGCUAAAUAAACAUUUGGAUUGAGAGAAUGGAUGCACAGUUUAUAUCAGUCUUGAGCUACUUUUUAUUUUUAUUACGGUUUAACUUUUACCAAAAUUGCCAAGAGGGACGUGUUAAAAAUCAGUUAAUAUGGGGUCAAAAAUGUGCUAAUAUUGUACUAUCUGUAAUAAGAAUGUUUGACAUUAGAGACCAACUUAUUUACCAAUUAUUGUAUUUUCUACAAAAAAUUUACAUUCAAUUGUAAGUGUCAUUUUCUUGAUAAAGGUGCUGCUUUUUUUUAUUCAGUUUUGACAAUAUGAAGAACUGUGAAACUACUUUUUAGAAACCUGACAUUUCAUUAUCAAAACAAUUAUUUAUUUUAUAAAUAUUUUUGGACGAGGCAUGUUUUUUUCUUUUACAAAACUACAGAAUGUUUCAUUGAAUAAAAUGCUAUUUCUGUACCACUAAAUAUAGAUUAAUUUGUGUAACAAAAUGGUAUAAAAUGUGUUAUAUUGCUCCAAUUAUUGUGCUUCUGUCACAUUCUAGUGAAUGUUUCAUUGCAACAACUGCUUUGUGGCACAAUCAUCAUCUUCCCCAAUGGAGUGUAUAUCAGGAAUUUUGUGGUACAAAACAUACAGUAAGUGCAGGUAAUUGUGAUUUAUCAAUUGUGUCACCGUUGUGAGGUACAGGGUUCAAAACUGUGGAAUUUGGAAACUAAUUUUGUUGUAGAUUUUAAUGGUAGAUUUAUUUUUGUACCUUAAACAACAGAUUGCACUGAAAAACCCAUUGCCACAGGAGCCAAAAAGGACCAACAGGUGAUUUACCAAAUAAACAGUAACAAAUAA